UUGGCAACUGGUGGCAGAUGAUGGUGUAUGGUUUAUCUUGACGUCUCGGGGUGGUCCGUUGGCUUUUAAGAUGGUGGCCCAAUGGUUUUAAAUUUUGGAGGGAAAUAGGGGCGGGGGUGUUUUUAAGAUGGGUGACGACUCAAACAAAUUUUUUUCUUCUUCUUAUAGGCUCUUCAGGCUUUACACCAAUGGCAUGACUCAUCCUUUUCUAACUGAUGGUCAUUUUCUGUUUAGCUCAACAUGGCUGGAUGGCACGUCAACAUGGAACAGUGGAUUGGAUGGCUCAGUCAAUGGCUUUGGUUGCUCUUCAAUGCUCAUCAACGGUAUGGCAGGCGAUUUUUCUACCAAUGAUGGUUUUCAAUUUAGAUGGAUGCUCUGUCCAGUUUGAUGGUGGCACUUGUUCAAUGGAUGGAGCUGUUUGGUUUGGGAUGGUGGCCCAGUGGUGCUCUGCUUGGUGGCCCGAUGUUUUGCUUGGUGGCCCAAUGUUGGUUGCCCAAUGUUGGUUUGGUGGCUAUGUUGAUCCACUUUUUUCAUCAAUGGUGGCUUGCUUGCUCAUUGGACUUGGAGAAUAUGCUCAUUGGACUGGAUGGUGGAAGAAUAUGCUUGUCUGUUGGGUGGUGGAGAAUAUGCUUAUUGGAGGGGUUUUAGCUUGGUGGUGGUGCUCGUCUACCUGGAGCUCUUCUACAAUUGGUGGUGGUCUAGGCUCUUCAGAACUCUCUUCUUGGUACGUUUAAACUUUAAAAAAAUUAAAAAUUUGGCUUAAAAAUGCGCGCGCGUCCGCUUUCCCCUUUCCUAUCUUUUGUCUUUUUUUGUCCUUGUCCAUUUUUGUCUUUGUUCACAUCUUCAAUUUUCUCUUAUUUUUUUGAAAAGCUUAGUUUGGAUUUGUUAGCA